ACGUUGAACAAGAUACCCAAUUUCCAAAUAAAGUUAUAAACAAUAACGUAUUAGUAAUAAAUUUUAUUUAAUAAUAUACUAAUACUAUAUUAUUUCUUUAUUUCUUUGAACUUUUGGGUUUUAUAAUGAAAAUACAAAUUGUAUCGAGUGUGAUUAGUGUGAUAUUAAUAAGCCUGUGCCUCCUGACAUUUGUGGUUGAGGGCUGGGAUAAUAAAGUUCUUUUGGAAAAAGUUCGAGCUCUUACUCUGUACAGAGGAAAAUAUACAACUGGGAGAAGACAUAAACCCAUUAAACAAAUAGAAUGUAUCGGAGGGAACGCAGGCUGUCGUUAUGAACCUGAUGUUAUUCAGUGUAGAAACAUUGGAUUGGAUGGAAUAAAUCCCAAUUGGAAAUGUGAAGCAGAUUUGCCUAAAUCAUUAAAAUUUGGACGUUUAAAGGUUACUUGUGAAGGUUAUGAACAUCCAAAUGAUCAAUACGUCCUAAAAGGAUCAUGUGGUCUUAAGUAUACUUUAUAUCUCACCAAUGAUUAUACUAAUGAUCGAAAGAAAAAACAAUGGUUUAAUAAUUGGUUCGAUAAUGUGAAUGUAGACGAUGAUGAAGACAAAUCGUUAUUUAGUACAUUAUUUGGAAUUGCAUGGCUUGGUAUGAUUGGAUACAUUUUAUAUAAUAUGUACUUAUCAUGUAUGAGGACACGAAGAGGAAAUAAUAGAAAUAAUAGGCCUACUAAUGUUCAUUCUCAAGAAUUUAGAACUUCGGACGAUGGAGUUGGAGAAUCACCUCGCCUUAAUCGCGAUUCGUCAUCAUCAUCAACUAGGCGUGCAUAUCGAAGGGAAAAUAUUCCAUAUCCAGGAUUUUGGACAGGAAUUUUAGGUGGUGGUUUAACUGGUUACCUAUUUGGUAGAAGAAACAACAACAAUAAUAACUAUUUUCAUAGAAGAACACGAAAAAAGCGAUCUUCACCUAGUUAUAGCACAAGUUCAAUUAAUAAUAAUUCUUACGACUAUUAUGAUUGGAACAAUGAUUAUAGUGAUUAUUCUUCUACUACUACUACUACAGCAAGUGAUGAUACGUACACCGCGUACGGCUUUGCAGAAACUGAUAAUAGAUAAUUUCGAAGUGAUAAUAUCAAUGUAUAUAUAUAAUUUAAAUUUAUUGAUUAAACGUUCUUACAGGUAUAUUGAUUAUCAUACUUUUAAAAAGACGACAAAAAAAAGCAAUAGUGGGAAAUUGAAAUAGAAAUUUAUAAUUAAAAAAAGUCGAUUAAAUUUGUAAAAUUUUUCUUUAAUCCUAUCCUCUAAAUAGCCCAUAUUAAAAAAAAAAAGUUGAAAAUAAAAAGUCCUCUAAUGUACAAUAAUAAGUGUUUUGGACAAUUGAAUGAGAAUUAAAGAAAUUAGUGUUUGAUUUAAAGAAAAAAUAAUGAGUUUUCGUAAUUUAUAAUAUCAUACAAGUGAAUACUGCUACUAACGUAAACAAAAAAUUAAGGCGGUGACCCAUUGCACCUUUAUAUAUAUAUAUAUAUAUUUUUUUAAAUUAAGAUAAAGAAAUAAUAUCAGAAUAUAGC